AACUGAAAUCAUCUUUAAUUUGUUUUUACUAACAAAAUUCCAGAUGUUAUCUUCAAUUGUUAUGGAUUGGUCCACCACAAAAAUAAAUUAUACUACUAUCUAGCUAUUAAGCGUCCAUAAAUGAGCUGGAGCACUUGAGUCCAUGUAUCACACACACACAAAAAGAGAGAAAAAAAAUUAAAUGGAGCAGCUGCAAACCAAGCUAUUCGAAGCUGCAAUGCAAAAUUCCAUCACUCAACUUCAACAACUACUGAUUGAUGAUCCACUGAUCCUCGAGCGAGCUCUAGUUAACCGUUUCAACGAGACACCUUUGCACGUUGCAGCCAUGUUCGGUCACGUGGAUUUCGUGCGGGAAAUCGUAGGGUUGCAACCUCAAUUGGUGAACGAGUUGAAUUUGCAGCUCUCUUCUCCUCUGCAUCUUGCAGCGGCUAAAGGGAAUGUUGGGGUCGUGAAGGCUCUUCUAUCUGUCGAUAACCGGGCCUGUUUGGCCCGCGAUAGGAACGAGCUUUUGCCGUUGCAUUUGGCAGCGGCUAAAGGCUAUGUUGAAGUUAUGAAACCGCUGUUUGAAGCUCGGCCGGAGGCGGCUAUGGUUAAGGCUUGUGGAGGAGAGAGCAUCCUGCAUUUGUGUGUCAAAAGUUAUCAACUGGAGGCUCUCAAGCUAACAGUGAAUAGUGUGGGAAAUGUUGGUGACUUCAUCAACUGUGGGGAUGAUGAUGGAAACACUGUUUUGCAUUUGGCUGCUGCAGAGAAGCAAGUUGAGGUGGUGAAAUAUCUAGUGAGUAUGAGUGCAUUACAAGUGGAUGUGAAGAAUGGCGAUGGCUUAACAGCCAUGGAUAUUCUAAUCAGAAGCAGAAGAGAUCUGAGGGACUCUGAAAUUGAACACUUGCUUAAACAUGGUGAUAAGCCAGCAAAGAAGAAGGCAAAGAAAAACAGUUGGAAUGGUUUGAUGAAGCAGCAUUCUGCUUGGCUUGAGAAAGAGAAACAUAUAUUGAUGGUGGUGGCUUCCCUUAUCGCGGCCAUGGCUUUUCAAGCCGGAGUUAACCCUCCCGAUGGUCUUUGGAAAAUCCAUGACAUUCCAAAGAAUGCAACAAGCGAUAUUGAUCCAAAGGCGCUCAAACCAUCCACACAUAUCACCCUCGAAUAUUCUACGAAAUUCUACAUUUGGAACACAAUAGCGUUUAUAUCGUCUCUAAGCAUCAUAUUGCUUUUGACAAGUGGAUUGCCGAUAAGGCGUAGGUUUUUUAUGUGGAUCCUUAUGGUGAUCACGUGGAUCGCCAUCUCAGCCAUCGCACUGAGCUAUUUAGUCACCGUGAAGUAUUUGAGAGAGAUAGAGGGAAACCAUGAUCCGUUUGAGUUAGGAGACCCGCAAGGGUACACGCUGCUCGUGUGGACCUUUUUUAUGUUCCUCCUUCUCGUUGGUCACACCGUCCGUAUUGUAGUGAAGCUCAUUAAAAAGCUUAGAAAUGGAUGGAUCAAGUGUACAAGCUCUUUGUGCUAACAUAUUACUGCUAUAUAUGUAUGUUCAUGCUUUUAAUUUGUUACUUUA